AACUCAGUGGUUUCCUGAAUCUAGUAAAGUAUGCUACUUUGUUUUCUCUUAAUUUUGCCUAAUUUUAAAGCUUUCUCUUUUUAUGAAGACAAAAAUAAAUCUCUCUAGACCUUUUUCGUUUCGCAGGAUUAUCAUUAAAAUUAUCACUAACUUUUAGAUAUUCCAGCACGCAUCGGAUGACUCUGAAGCCGGUUGGGCAGUGGAGAUCGGGAAGAACAUGAAAAAGCUUCAAAGCUUUUGGUUGAAGACAUCAGGAGAUGUAAACUCCAAACGCGGGCUUUACUUCUCCCCCGCACCCCUCCCCGCAAACCCAUGCCUACUCGUUUGACUGCUCAGCAAUUCUGAGGCCAACGAUUUGCAACGGCGAGGAGCAGGGGCUGAUCUGAUUUGUGUCCACUGUCACCAGUACUGCUCACUUAGGACUUUCUGGAUCCAGACCCAGCUGCAGCGCACACGGGACUCCUGAGGAAGAAGGAGACUGUGAUUUUGGAUUCCUUGGUGGAGGAAAAUCAAACACUCUGGUCUUGCCCCCAACGAUGCAAGUGUGACUGCUGGCGUCUUCAUGAGCUCCAGAGGUCACAGCACACUACCAAGGACUCUCAUGGCCCCUCGGAUGAUUUCCGAGGGAGACUUAGGAGGCAUUGCUCAAAUCACCUCCUCUCUAUUCCUGGGCAGAGGCAGUGUGGCCUCCAAUCGGCACCUCCUCCAGGCUCGUGGCAUCACCUGCAUUGUUAAUGCUACCAUUGAGAUCCCUAAUUUCAACUGGCCCCAAUUUGAGUAUGUUAAAGUGCCUCUGGCUGACAUGCCGCACGCCCCCAUUGGACUGUACUUUGACACCGUGGCUGACAAGAUCCACAGUGUGAGCAGGAAGCACGGGGCCACCCUGGUGCACUGUGCUGCCGGGGUGAGCCGCUCAGCCACGCUCUGUAUCGCCUACCUGAUGAAAUUCCACAACGUGUGCCUGCUGGAGGCGUACAACUGGGUGAAAGCCCGGCGACCUGUCAUCAGGCCCAACGUAGGCUUCUGGAGGCAGCUGAUAGACUACGAGCGCCAGCUCUUUGGGAAGUCGACAGUUAAAAUGGUACAGACACCUUACGGCAUAGUUCCCGACGUCUAUGAGAAGGAGUCCCGACACCUGAUGCCUUACUGGGGGAUUUAGUGCCACCGAAGCCUGCGUCAGCAGCCCGAGUGGGACCAGUGUCUGCUCCCCGCCGUCUGCUCCCUCUCCACUGUCUUCUCAAAUGGCUGACUUCUGGUUCUCCCUGAAGUGUUUUUUACACUGGGUGUUCAAAUUUAUUUUAAGAGAGAGGGAGGGAGGGGACAUAAAGGGAAUGCAUACAUUGCUAGUCACAUUUUUAAAAUUAACAUUUUGGAAUAGUGUUUAUGAAAAUCUUUAGCUUUUAAUCAUUUUUAUCAAUUUGAACAGUUUAAUAAACUGUUUGGUUCUGCUCUCUUCUGAAUCUCAUGCCUUUGGCACCUUGGUAGGUGCAGGAGGAGCUCAGUGCAAAAAUCACUUUGGGGCCUCAUCAACCCUUUAGAGACAAGCUUCGCCCCAGGCUGCUGACCAGACAGAUGCUUAGGGAAGGUUGAUACCAGCUUCAGUCUCUACUGGAUUAGCCCUACUCUUUCCUUUCCCCUCUAUUAUUUAGUGACUCUGUAAGUUAAAUACACCCUUAUUAUUUAGCUGUUAAGUAACUAUAAUGAAAUCUGCUGCAAAAACUCUUGGAAUCCAUGUGCCCAGGAUUAUAUUAGCAUUAUUUUUAAUAAAUCUAUAUGCUUAACAUUA